CACAUACGGUGCUGUGCACAUAUAUUAAAUUUGAUUGUUUCUGAUGGUGUGAAGGACAUGCAUCACUCUAUUGAUGCCAUUCGGAAUGCCAUUAAAUAUGUAAGAUCUUCUCCAUCAAGGUUUCGAAAAUUCAAGGAGCUUGUGGAAAAAAUGAAAAUUGAUUCAAAGAAUCUCUUGAGCAUGGAUUGUCCAACUAGGUGGAAUUCAACUUAUAUAAUGUUGGAAAAUGCCAUUAAAUUUGGUAGUGUGUUUGAUAGGAUGGAGCAAACUGAUGUGGAGUACAAAAAAUCAUUUUUAGAAAAGAGCUUAGUUGGUCCUCCUAAUGCAGCAGAUUUUCAAGUGGCUAGGGAGUUUGUUGCAUUUCUGAAGGUGUUCUACAAUGUCACUCUGAAAUUUUCAGGAUCACUUUAUGUGACAUCAAAUAUAGCCUUCCAACAAAUAGUUAAUGUGGCUGCCAUUUUGAAUAGAAGGGCAAAUAAUCAAAGUUCUUUGUUGUCUUCCAUGGCUAAGAGUAUGCAGAUCAAGUAUGACAAGUAUUGGGGGAAGUUUGACAACUUUAAUCCUUUGUUGGUGAUAGCAGUGGUUCUUGACCCAAGGUAUAAGAUGAAAUUUUUAAAAUUCGCUUUUGAGGAUAUGUAUAAUGAUCCUGCACAUCGUGAAGAGAUGACAAAGAAAGUUUCAGAUGUCCUGUAUCGCCUGUAUGACCAUUAUUCAAGGGUGCUUGGCACAUCUCAGGCUGAAAUUCAGACUGAAACUCAAUCACAAAUGGCUUCUAGCAAUAUCACAGACUUGAAUAAUGUAGAAUCAGAUAUGGAUGGAGAUGAUGCUUUCACUGCAAUGGAAAGGUUCCUUGCACAAACUGAGAUUGAGCUUCAAACAGAUAAGUAUGCUGAGGUGGAGAAGUAUCUUCAUGCUGAGUUAGCUGAAGCUCGUGAUCCUGCAUUUGAUAUUCUGGGUUGGUGGAAAGUCAAUGCUAGCAAGUAUAGAGUCCUUUCAUUGAUUGCUAGUGAUGUAUUAGCGAUGCCUAUCUCCACUGUGUCUUCAGAAUCAGCAUUUAGCACAGGAGGUCGUGUUAUUGAUGAUUUUAGAAGCUCAUUAUCCCCUAAGAUGGUUGAGGCGCUUAUUUGUGCACAAAAUUGGCUAUCUCCAUCUACAUCCAAGCUAAAAGUACUUGACAUUGAUGACUUUAAUGACACUGAAGAUGUGAUACAUGAUGAAGAAGUAGCAUCAAAUUUGAUUGACCAAGAGCAAGAGCCAAAGAAAUAGUGGAUGACUAAAUGUUGACUAUUGCUGAUUUGUUGUGCUUCUGAAUUUGUGUUGUUGUAUUUCUAUCUUUGUGUUCAUGUUGACUGUUGAGUUGGAUUUCUAUAGCUGUGAUUUUGUGUUGUUGUUUAAGACUUUAAGUUUAAGCGUAUGAGCCUAUCUAUGUAUUUUGAUUUGGCUGGAAUGGAUGCUGGACAACUAAACA